CGCAUGCGCCCUGCAUCCCUUUCUCCAUCCAUACGUCGAGGAGCUUGAAAGCUUGAAUAAAGAUGCUCAGCGUCUCGGGUCGCAGCCUUGUCACCGGGUAAAAAUAAACGACUUAUCUGCGAGGACGCACACAGAAGAACCGUGUAGUUUUAACACAAAGACAACGACAUGGAACUGAAGAAAUCUUUUUCGGACACCGAGCGCGCGCUCAGGAGCUACGGCGCCGUGUCGGAAACGGCGUGGACAGCGGACAAAGGUCAUUCCGAUGUGUCCAUGGCAGAGAGCACCAUGGCUCCGGAGGAGAUCGAGGUGGAGAUGGCGCGCAUUCAGCGCCUGCGAGAGGUUCUGGUGCGCAGAGAGUCGGAGCUGCGCUUCAUGAUGGAUGACAUUCAGCUCUGCAAAGACAUCAUGAGUUUAAAGCAGGAGCUGAGACAGAUUGUCACAGUGCCAGAGAAAGAAAAAAACAAGAAGCACAAGCAGCGGGAAGAAGAGCUGAUCCUGAAGAUUCAUAAACUGGUGCAGAAAAGGGAUUUCCUGGUGGACGAUGCAGAGGUGGAGAGAUUAAGGGAGCAAGAGGAGGACAAGGAGAUGGCCGAGUACCUCAGACUGAAGCUCGCACCUCUGGAGAAGAAGCUCAAAUCCUCGCAGAAUCCUCCCAAGAUUAAGCGACAAAUCCCAGAGCCACCUCCCAACAAGCCAUUCAUCACCAAGUCAGGGGCGGCCAUCAUCAAGGAUUGCUGCGGAGCCACCCAGUGUGCCAUCAUGUAGCUGACCCAGACCUCUUCAUGACCUCGUGUCGUGUCAACACCCUUACAUCACAUAAUUUGCUUCCUGUGGAUCAUUGAACCUCUGUUAACUGGGGGGGCUUCCUCCCCCUCCCCUCAAAACUGCUCAGGAAUCAGGUUUCAUAGUAGAAACGCAGAUAGUUUCCGCCACAUGGCUGCAGCUCAGAGUUCUGGAGCUGAUGUACACCAAGGAGCUUCUUUAAGUGAAGACACUUGUCCACCGCGUACAUGCAGUGACGGGAACUAAAAAUAAAACUCAAUUGGGAGCUGAUGAUUUGGUCAUGAUUUAACAUUCCUUUAAAAUGAUUUAGGUCCAGACAACUAACAGAAGCGUUUUACAGAACAAGCACAAGGUUCAAAGUGAAGUAUAAAUGUUGAGGUUCUCUGACAAGAGAAAAAAAAAACAUCAAUCAUCAAUGAGUCAUGUUCGACGACGGGUAAUUCUUCCAUUUCCUCUUUAUCAGCCUGUGAACCCUCACUUUUAAGAGUCUACAACUAAUGUUAAACACAUGUCACUCCGAUAAACAAUAUGGCUACCAAUUCAAUGAUUGGCGUGAAAAUGUUACAGGAAUACCAGCCAGAGUGCACUUUUGUUUUUCCCCUCGGAGUAAUAUUUUUAACUCGCUGCAACAAAGUUGGAUCAUGAGACGUGUCACAGUGAGUGUUUGUAUCUCUUCAAAGCCGGUCGCUUCAUGGCACGACACCAAGACAAGACUGUCAUUCACAACCCUUUGACCAUCUUUGUCAAGUUCUGUACAUGCACAAACCUAUGUUUUCACCCCCCCGAGCCAUCACAUCACUGCUCAUGUCAUCUCAGCCAUCUGCAAAUGGGAGUUAUGGACAGUCGUAGUGUGACAUAUGAAUAUUGCAUCCUCUGAAUUUAGUCUUGCAUUUAUAUAACCAGGAAAUUAAUGCAAAUCUUGUAAAUGCCUACAAUAGAUUGUGUAUGUUUGAGUAUUUAGGAUAUUGGUGUACCAUGAAAAGUGUUACUCUGUCACUUUACUACCUACCUUACCUUUACCCAACCUAUUGUUCUGUAGUAGUGAAUUAAUGAAAGCCCUUAUGUUGAAAAUAGAACAAAUAUGCAGAACCUACCUGUACAUACAUAUUUAAAUAAAAGCAUCUUUGAAGAA